AUGGGCAGUGACCCGCGGAUUCUGGCAGGAGGCCAGCGCAGAACGGGUGUAAGGCGUCGCGACGGUGUGGACGGGGUAGAUUCGUCCGAUUCGGCAAGCGAGGCUGACGGCGCGGAAGAAGCAGACGGCGCGGAAGAAGCAGACGGCGCGGAAGAAGCAGACGGCGUGGAAGAAGCGGACGGCGCGGAAGGAGCGGACGGCGCGGAAGGAGCAGACGGCGCGGAAGAAGCAGACGGCGCGGAAGAAGCAGAAGGCGCGGAAGAAGCAGACGGCGCGGAAGGAGCAGACGGCGCGGGAGAAGCAGACGGCGCGGAAGAAGCAGACGGCGCCAUCCCGAUGGCGCGGGAUGGUGAGAGGGAGGAAGUGGCGGAAGAAGGGCGCGACGGAGAGAGCAAGGAUGCGGGAGGAAAUUGCUCGCCGGUAAGGAUGCGCGGAGGCGGCGCGAAGCGUCACGGGAACAUGACGACAGGUCGUUCGCCGGAAGACAUGCGCAGGGGAAGCGUGAGGCGCUGCGGGAGCACGGAUGCAAACGGAUUGGCAGACGAAGGGCGUGAGGAGGGCGCGAAUGCAGACGGAUUGGCAGACGAAGGGCGCGGGGGCGCGGAUGCAGAUGGUACGGUGGACGAAAAAGGUGGAAACAGCGUGAGGCACUGCGGAGGCAAGGAUGCAGGUCGCUCGGCAGACGAAAUGCGAGGUGGCAGCGCAAGGCGCCGCGGGAGAGCGGAUGCAGACAGCUCGCCAGAACGGAUGCGCGGGAGUGGCGGGAGGCGCCAAGGGAACAUGGCAGCAGAUCGUUCGCCAGAGGAGGUGCGCGAGGGAGAUGCGAGGCGCCGCAGAACCGCAGCGGCAGGUCGCUCGCCGGACGAUCUUCGGGAGGACAGCAGGAAAAACCAUGCGCCAACGGGACGGUACAGCUCGCCUGAGCUGCGAGGACGUGGGAGGAGACGCGUGGCGAUGGCCGCGCGGCGAUCGCCAGAGAGGAAGAACGGGGCAGACGAGCAGGUCCGGGCGGGGAGCGAGGGGAUUGUGAGGAAAGAGAUGGGUGGUGCUCACCAGAGAGAGGAGGGGGGCGUGAGGAGGGACGCAUCAGGGAAGGUGCACGACGAUCGCUGGGCGCAACGAGGGCAGAAGAAAGGGGGAAAGGGAACCGACGGCGGCGGGAAGAUGUGGAGCGAGAAAGGCGGUAUCAGGAGCACUCGCAUGAUGGGAAGGAAAGGCGGUGGGACGGAGCAGAGAAGUGGAGAGCGGCUUACGAGAGAGAGCGAGGAAGGAGUCCGAGUACAAGGGGCCCGAGGGGGCAAUGGCAAUCAGGAGGAGGAUCCGAAGGAGCCAGAGCGGCCAGAGAGGGGACAGAACGGGCGAUACAUGUGGCUGCGCAGUGGGGGCAGGGACAUACGAAGGGAGCUAGUGAGUAAGGUGGGGGCAAGGGCGUGUAUGUCAGCAACACCAGCAGCAGCGGGAGCAGAGGAGCAGGACGAGCAGGCGGGGGCAGGAGCGUGCGCACCAGCAGCAGCGGGAGCGGAGGAGCGGGAUGAGCAGGUGGGGUCAGAAGCGUACGUACCAGCAGCAGCGGGAGCGGAGGAGCGGGAUGAGCAGGUGGGGGCAGAAGCGUGCGUACCAGCAGCAGCAGAAGCGAAGGAGCGGGAUGAGCAGGUGGGGGCAGAAGCGUGCGUACCAGCAGCAGCAGGAGCAAAGGAGCGGGAUGAGCAGGUGGGGGCAGAAGCGUGCGUACCAGCAGCAGGAGCGAAGGAGCGGGAUGAGCAGGUGGGGGCAGAAGCGUGCGUACCAGCAGCAGCAGGAGCGAAGGAGCGGGAUGAGCAGGUGGGGGCAGAAGCGUGCGUGCCAGCAGCAGCGGGAGCGGAGGAGCGGGACGAGCAGGUGGGGGCAGAAGCGUGUGCAUUAGCAGCGGCGGAAGCGGGAGGGAAGAACGAGAAGGCGGGCAUGACAGCAGUAGCGGAAGCGGAAAGCGGGGCAGUGAAGGUGGGGGCACAGGCGUGCAUGACAUCAGUAGCGGAAGUGGAAAGCGGGGCAGUGAAGGUGGGGGCACAGGCGGGCAUGACAGCAGUAGAGGAAGCGGAAAGCGGGGUAGUGAAGGUGGGGGCACAGGCGGGCAUGACAGCAGUAGCGGAAGCGGAAAGCGGGGCAGUGAAGGUGGGGGCACAGGCGUGCAUGACAGCAGUAGCGGAAGCGGAAAGCGGGGCAGUGAAGGUGGGGGCACAGGCGUGCAAACCAGAAGUAGCAGAAGCGGCAGGGAGGGAAGAGAAGGAGAGAGCACAGGCGUGCGCAGUAGCAGCAGCGGAAACGGAAGAGGAAAGGAAAGAAGAGAAUUUGGGGGGCACAGGCCAGCAGAAGAGGAAGGGAAGGAGAGAAGUUGGGGCACAGGCGUGUGCAGCGGCAACAGCAGAAGAGGAAAGGAAGGAAGAGACGUUGGGGACACAGGCGUGUGCAGCAGCAGCAGCAGAAAAGGAAGGGAAAGAAGAGAAUUUGGAGACACAGGCGUGUGGAGCAGCAGCAGAAGAAGAGGAAGGGAAGGAAGAGAAAGUAGGGGCACCUGAGUGUGUAGCAGCAGCAGCGGAGGCGGGAGUGGAGGAUGAGGAGGGAGGAUGGGCAGGUCGACGUGGCCUAGACCGCCACCGUCGCCCCCAAUCGCCCGCCAGUUCUUCUCCCGCGGGCAUUUCGCCCGUCAGUUCUGCUCCCGCGGGCAUUUCGCCCGUCAGUUCUGCUCCCGCGGGCAUUUCGCCCGUCAGUUCUGCUCCCGCGGGCAUUUCGCCCGUCUGUUCUGCUCCCGCGGGCAUUUCGCCCGUCAGUUCUGCUCCCGCGGGCAUUUCGCCCGUCACUUCUGCUCCCGCGGGCAUUUCGCCCGUCACUUCUGCUCCCGCGGGCAUUUCGCCCGUCAGUUCUGCUCCAGCGGGCAUUUCGCCCGUCAGUUCUGCUCCCGCGGGCAUUUCGCCCGUCAGUUCUGCUCCCGCGGGCAUUUCGUCCGUCAGUUCUGCUCCCGCGGGCAUUUCGCCCGUCAGUUCUGCUCUUGCGGGCAUUUCGCCCGUCAGUUCUGCUCCCGCGGGCAUUUCGCCCCAGCAGCAGCAGCAGCAGCGGCAGCAGCAGCUGCACCCUCCCUUCCCCCUCUCCCUCCUCCUCUCCCUCUCCCCCCCUCCUCAGCAGCAGCGGCAGCAGCGUGAGCCUAACCUGGGCGUGGCCGAUACCACCGAGCUUCAGGCCGCUGCUGACGCCACCUUCCUCCACGACCGCCGCGAGUACCUUAUCCGCAAAGCCAACUAUGAGGUUGCUGUACUCAACUACGAGUUUGGACGUCGGAGCGUGCCACUCGCCUGGCGCUGA